CGUUACAUGGGUAGUAUCUGUCAUUUUACUAAUAUCAGGAUCAUGUAAAUAUUAUUCAUUUAUCUGUUAUACAAAUCACCAGUUACGUCAUGUUUGUUGUACAUGUGACCAAAACAAUGCGUAAUGUCAUAUCUAGCAUAUUAGUUCAUGUACAAAUAGCAUGAUAUUGGUAGGGUGAGUUUUUAGAGGGUGGAAGAGGGAGACAUUGAAAUAGGUCAAUGUAUCAGCAGUUGGCGCAUGUGUCAAGAUUGACGUGCAGUCAGUAGUCAGUGGUAGUCAGUCAGUUGACAACCGGGUUUGUAAAACAAACAUGUAAUAGAAUAACAAACAUUUGGUCGAUAUUUACUCAUUAACGCACGCAUAUCCAUAAACAAUUUAGUAUUCCUCUCACUAUAGAACCCUACCCCAUAGGACGACACAGGAAUAUUGCAGCCAUGAACAGGAGAAAAGAAACACGCAGUUAUAAUGUGAAUCGCGCACAAUCGACCCUUAGUGUAUCUGCUGUUGAUUACUACUUACAUUUACCAGUUUCCAAUCCUCCCUCACCAGCAAUUUCAACAGUAACUUUAACCCCUGGCAGAAUAAGAAAUAUAGAUCAAGAUAUGGAGGCUUUAAGGGCUUCCAGGCAAGACAAUCCAUUCAUAAAGCAAGUCAUUGCAAGCAGAGAGAGUUUAGCUGAUUGCAUUGAUGAAAUUGAAGCAGAUGAUACUAAUCUCAUGUCUCAGGAAUUUCCAGCUGAUCUGGACAUAGAUCCACUAACGCUUCCUGGAAUCCAUGAGCAUAUGAUAAGAAGUCCACCGCCGACGAAUUGGCCCAAAUCGCCGAACCACAGAAUAUUUCAAUUUCCCGAAGACGAAACUUUACAAGUUGAAGUUACUAAUAAGGAUAAAACGAAAUACGAAAUUAAAAGUAAACACGCCAGUUGGGAGCCCAACGAUCAUUCACCAUUGAAGGGCCUUCCACGACCAUAUCAAGAUCGAUUCUCGCUGUUGGCACCAAACGUGCUCAGGAGUGGCGGCGAAGAUAGCAUUAGACUAAUGUCGACUGAGGACUAAAUCGAAAUGGGAAGGAUGACAUAAAGCUGAAUCAUUCCUUGAAUAUACUUUACCAUUUAUUAAUUUGUUAAUUUGAAUGUGAUUAUAUUAACUAGUCAAAAUGUACAAAUUUAUAUAUUUACAUUAAUUUUAGUUUGUAUGCUUUCGUAUGUUAUAAGCAGGGUAUAAGGAACUGUAAACUCAGAUACAAUAUCUCUCAUGUAUUGCAUACACUCGAAAUAUCUACUAGUUAACUAUUGAUGUUUACUAUUUACACAACUUUAAAAUCUAUUUAAACUUAAAAUAUUGUAAUGAACAUGUAUAGGCAUACCUGUUCUAGUUUAAAAAAAAUAGUUUAAAAUGAAACAUAAGCAAAGAAGUUACGGUUUACGUUUGUUGUUCCUAAAUGUUGUUUAGUUUAUGUGGAUCCGAGAUUCUUUACUGUUAUAUACCAAAGUGUAAUUUGAAAUUCUAAAUUUAGACAAACAUUUUCGAUUGGAGCCAAUGAAAAAUUCUAUGUUUAUAUAAUUAAAUUAUCGUUAUUGGAUUAAAAACAAAAACACUAAUUACCACUGAAUGGAAUUAAAUGAGGCUAAAUGCUUGCCAUUUACAAAUGUUUAUCAAACAUAGUAUUUAUAUAGAACGUGUUUUGGUAAAUCAAUUAAAUAGAUAUCUUUUAAAUGAAAUUAUGUAUUUAUAAUAUUGUAUCAUUCAUGAUUAUAUAUUGCCGCGCUGGUCGCUCUGUUAACUAAUUUUAUGUGAUAUUUUCAAAUGGAAGUUUAUUUGUUGUUUAUUAUUAUAUAUUGUUUAUAUUCUUUUUAAAGUUUAUUUAAUUAUUUAAAGCAUUUCUUUGUUAUCUAGUUCAUCUUGUUUUAGAUAUCGUGGCCAACGUAAACUCGCAAAUUAAAGAAUUAGGUGUGUACCUUUGCCUUACUCGUGUUUUGUAAAGUGAUUGUACAUAUGAGUAUAGAUUAAUAAGAAGUACAAUUUGUAAUUGCCGUUUGUAACGUUUGUUUUCAGAGUAUUAAGAUAUAUACAAUAACUUUUCAAAUAAAUUGAUUGAUCACUUC